UUGUAUGUCUCUAGCUGUCUGUUAGUAAACCUGAGGGAUGCCUGUGGAAAAAAAGUAGGGGAAGGUGAAGAAAUUUGAGAACUGAGACUAAGACAUAGGUUCAAACUGGUCUCAUUUUCAAAAUGGGUAUUUAUUAGCAACUUUUAGAUGUGUAUUCGGAAAACAAUAAAUUUAAAGACGCUUAGUAUUGAGAGUCUCAAAGAGUCUGCAAAGGAAAGGCGUUAAAUUGUUAAAAUUAAACAGAAGAACAACAGUCAGAAAGAAAAACUGAAGACUCCUCUUUUUAUUCUACAGGUGUAUUUACAGGUGUAUUUACAGGACACAGCCAUGGAAACUUGGUCAGUUGAUCAGGUCUGCGGUUGGCUGGUGGAGAAAAACUUAGGAGAGCUAGUACAUAAGUUUCAAGAGGAAGAAGUAAGUGGGGCUGCUCUCCUAGCACUUAAUGAUCGGAUGGUUCAGCAAUUGGUAAAGAAAAUUGGGCACCAGGCUGUUCUAAUGGAUUUAAUUAAGAAAUAUAAGCAGAAGAGUCAAGAGCUGAAGUCCCCUGGAGAAACAGCCCCGGUCAUGCAAGCAGAGGAGGAACAGUGCUCCAGCCCGGCCAGUGGAGGGGAGCGGACGCCAUCUUUCUAUCCAGCUGACAACCUUGACAACGGAUUAAUUGACCACCGAGUACUGAAACAGAGAAGGAAUGUGAGACACAUUCUAGCAAGGAAUAAAGCCUUACAAAGGACUAAGUCCUAUGUCUUACCAGAGUUUCCUUAUGAUGUCAAGUGCAUGCUAGCAGAACAGAAGUGUCCUGAUCACAGCAUGCGGAUAAGGAUCAUUGAGUUCCUCCAGGCGGACAUGACCAAGUAUCUGGAAGGUUCACUGUACCCCACCACCCAGCAAUAUAACGACGUGGUCAAUGCCCUACUGCAGGCCCACCCUUUCCUGGAUGAGGACGGCUGUGGCUUUUUUUUAUGGAAACGAGCCCUCAAAGAUCGCUUUAAAUAUGUUCGAAGACCCAUAGAAGAUGAUGAACAAGUGAUGAGAAAUAAGUGUAAAUUUGGACACCGAAGAGGCCAGACAAGGAAAUCUCUUGCUGAUAUAAGAUUUGAUGAAAUUAAAAUUGUCCAGAUAAAAGAGGAAGCUGCUUGUUUAGAUUCUGAGGUAGAUGAACAUAUUAACUGGUUCCAGCAAGAAUAUGUGAAAACAGAAAAGGACUGGAGAGAAAUUGAUAAGAGGAUGAGCCAGACUUUGGAAAUAAGAAGAAAGUUGAUUGGCGGCAGAACACCUCUGAAGGACAUUCUUAAAAUGUUUCCUUUCCUGCAGUGCCCUUAUCAGCUCUUCAGAGAAUUCCAACUUCUUACAAGAACAGAUAUUUAUAAGAAAACAAGGCACAUUUUGGAAUCCUAUUCAGAAAAUAUACUGGCUUCUCUUUCUUUGGUGGACAACCCAAUCAAUAUUGCGUUGCAAGAAAAGAUGAAACACCAUACAGAUGAAGACACGUUGAAAUAUAUGAAGAUGACAGCCACUUGUUUACUCCUACCAGAGGCUUUUGGGGAGGAUUCCAGUCUUUUUGUUGUUGUGAAUGACAAGGACUCAAACCUGCUGACCUGGUGAGACAUUUGAGAACAAGGAUCAUGUCCUAUUACUUCUGAAUUAACCCUCUCACCAGAGCAUCACAUGUAGUAACAUACACAUGGGAGUCAUUUAACAAGAGUUCACAGGAUGAAUGAAGAGUGGAAUGAAUGUAUGAAUGACACGUGGACAGAGAACAUUCACUGCCUCAUUCUUCAAAAGAAGACUCUGCCUCUGAGGCUAUCUGAUUGGUGCUUAAGGAGUGUCUCCAAAGAUAAUAUGAAGAAAGGAGUUAUUCAAAGAAAUAACAUAUCAUGUGAAUUUGAAUCUUACUUUAACUAAAUAACAGAGCAACCUAUACGAACUGUCUAGAUAUCAACAGAACCAAAAGUAGUGUUUAUAAAAUAUAUAUACUAGAAAUUUAUUUUUAAAACUGUUGCAUCAUUUUCAAAGGGUCUUUCAAAGAAAGAGCAAUGGCUCCCUGCAGGAAUAUAAGUCUGCUUAGGGAUGGAAAAUCGACUGAGAGUAAGACAAAGAUACUUAGGACUUGGGCCUUAAGAAGCUCAAAAUCUGAGUAACUGCAAAUUAAAGAUCCACUAGAAAGAACAUUUCUGAAAUAAUGUAAGUCAGAAAAAGGCUAAUGAAAAUCAGAUCCUUGUGCAUUUUCACAGGCAUCCACAUAGAGCAUAAACGAUAGCUAACAGCAUACUGACACUGGCAACCGGUGGCCGGGUUCUUGGCAGUCCCGACACUCUUACUCUGUUGCAAUGUUCUUAACAGAAAAUGUGCCAUUUUGAACAGUGGAGGCUAAACACAGGUACAAACAAGAUAACUUAUUACUGCAGACAGCAGAUGUGGGACAAAGACUUUUGAGAUGACUUAGUCCUCACUGUACCUUCUGGGAGCCAAGAUCACGCAAUAAUGGACUGUUCUGCUUGGAGGAGCUGACAGGCAAGUGGCUUAUUUUUAAAGGUCUCUCGUGAAAAGAGUCUCCAGCUUCUAGUGUAGUUAGAGGUCGAAUUCCUUUUUGUCCUAAUGCUCACUAGAGGUGGUAUCAUUAUUAACCAUACCUUACAUUGACAUUUUGGACGGGCAGAUGAAAACAACCAAUAAAAUAAUCUUCCAAUGGCAGAUGGUAAUAAAUGUAAUGCAUAUCAGUUAGGAUAAACAACACUGAGAAAUGUAUAAGAUCUAAGGGGCUGUUUUAGCAAUAAUGGUAAUAUUAAUUAUAAGCAUCAAAUGGAGUUAAUCUUGGGGUUAAAAUGACACUUGAAAAUUAACAGUGGGAGCUAAUUUUACUUUAUGAAAAAUGAAAUGUUGCUUAUUUCUUGCUUUGGUUUCUUUCUGUGCUAUAUACUAUAUAAAUGUAUGCGAGCAAGUUUUGUGUUUGUUUUUUUAAAUGAGUUUAGUGCUACUGCUGUGGGGCAUCAUAAAAUGGUACAAACAUUUCCUUUAUUCCUCAUCUUACAUGUUUUUAAACAAGUGAUUAAUGCUGCUUGUUAGACAACUCAGUUUCACUUUGUCAAUUUCAACAUAACCCAUCUCUUCCCUCCUCUGCCAAUUUAGAAUAUUUCACUAUUCACUGUGUCUCAGUGCUGUGUCCCCCAUUAAGAAACAUACUGCAAUUCAGCUGAACACUUACUUCAUCUUUAAAUACCUUUCCAUGUUCUUCACAUCCAGGUAAGCUCUGUAUGAAUUCUGACACCUGUUAAAAAAUAAGAUCAAAAUUCCAGUUCUGA